UUAGGCACUGUAUAUUUGCAAGAAAAAGACACUGGACCGACUCAUCGGCGUGUAUCCAGGCCUGUAAUUCAACUGGAUAACAUACACAAUAGAACAACUGCUAAAUUUAUUGAGGCAACAAUGUCUUCAAAUGGAGAUAGUGACCUGGAUAGAGAACCUGAUGAGAACCCCCCAAGUCUCCCAUGUUCCUCCAAAACCAGCAAUGAUUACUUCAACCCUAACUUCAGGAAGAGGCUAAAUGACUUAUGGCACAAUGAUCUGUUCUGUGACAUCACACUGGAGGUAGAAGGAAAACAGUUCAACUGUCAUAAAGUUAUCCUAUCCGCCAACUCUCAGUACUUUCAGUCAAUGUUCUCAAAUGGAAUGAGCGAGACUUCACAGAACACAAUUGUAUUGAAAGAUGUAUCAAGCAAAGUGAUGGAGAACAUACUGAAUCAUUUGUACUGUUAA